UUUACAUACCUGAGGCCAGGGCCAGUAUUAACUUGUAUCUAGAUCUCUCUUCCCAUUUUUAUUAGUAGGUGUGAUCUAAAGCAUAGCUGGCAUAUUUUGCAUUGGGAAUAUAAUAGCUGAGCUAAAUAAGAUAAUGAAUUAUUUGUGGAUUCUUGCUGUUUCUGCUGCUCUGGUGGUUCAAGUGUCUGCACUGGUUCCAACAUGUCAACCAUCAGAUCCCCAUGGUUACUGCAUUAGCCAGGGUGUUGACAACUGUGCACCAGAGGAUCGACGAAUCACCUCGUUGACUGACCAAUGUCGAACCAGUUUCCGAUUUUCACCUGAUCACGUUCUUCCCCCAGAGUGGGAGCUGUUGUUUGACUCUUAUGACUACGAGAGCUUGGUGGGACCAGUGUUCCUCAGCAGAGAGUUUGACAAUGAUGAAGCUGUGCCGACAGUGGCUAAUCAGUGGGAGGAUCGAGGUGGUAUCUGUCAGCGUGGUUUGAGAGUGUGUGCCUAUACAUUGGGAGCUCAAGACAACUGGUUGUUCUCCCCUCACAUCAAAUACCCCCCAGGAAGUACUACCCUUGGUGGGGGUCUACCAACAGAGAUCUAUCUCGAUGUCUCCUUCAGAUUCACUCAGUGUAAUAGUCUCUGUGUGAAUAACUUUUCAGAUCUAUACAGAUAUGACACAAACAGCAUUGCCUCAGAGAGUGUCCGAACAGACAGAAACAAUUACCUCACUUCGUUGUUUGGAACAGGAACAGAGAUGACAACAUCUCGAUUGGAUCAGACAGGUCGCAGUGGGACUGUUUUAGAGACCAGAACUCUUUACAUUACUUCUCCCUCCUCCUCGAGAACCAAUGGAUUCCAUUUUGGCAUCAGAGACUCUGGAAAUUGUGGCCAAAUUAACCGAAUCUACUUCUACUACACACCUUGUAAGGAACGACAAGAUGGACUGGUCAACUAUCCUGAGCUUGUUCGUGCCCCCAGCGGCUCUCCACCAAACGAGGGCAUGGCUUGCUGUGCUCCCAACUCUCACCCUACCACCUCUCUUACCUUCAGAGCUCACAGUGCCACUGAUGGAACUACUGGUGAUGAAGGAUGUGAGCGCAACGUAAGGUGUGAGUGUGAUGCUGGGUACAGACUGAAUGCAACUGGAACAGGUUGUGAAGUUUGCUCUGCUGGAACCUAUCGCUCUCUGAAUGAUGACCAACGCACUUGUCUAGAUUGUCCAAUGAACACAGCAAUGGAUGUGGACGGUGCUGCAAUUUGCAGCUGUCUAAAUGGAUUCUUUAGAGAUGAGGAAACUAAUGAAGGCCCUGGAGUGAAUUGCACGUCUCCCCCUGGCUCUGUAAGAAACCUCCGUACAACCACCAUCACUAACAAUAGUGUUAGCCUCUCAUGGACCAGACCUGCGGUCACUGGAAGAGAUGACUUCUACUACUCCAUUGAGUACAGUGAUCCUAACACUGGAUCGUUCAUACUCAGCAAUGGAAACUAUGUCAAUUCCACACUCACAGUCUCCUACACAGUCCCUAACCUGCGUCCCAACACACCAUACACCAUACGAGUGACCACUCACAAUGGAGUCAGCGACCAAGACACUGAAAAUGAAGCUCUGAGGAGAGUGGACCUUCCAAUCAGGACAUUAGAAGGAAUUCCAAGUGUCCCACAAGAUGUUCAAGUAUUCUCAGGAGUUGUUGUGUGGGGACCCCCAGCUGAGCCUAAUGGAGUUAUUACUGGCUACCAGUUGAGGUUUUCUGGAUCCUUCAAUCGCACUGUAAACAAGUUGCCAUCUGAGAGCUACCACGUUGUUACUGACGAUAAUAUCAGAAAUCUCACCAGUAAUAUUCAAGUACGAGCAAGUACAUCUACUGGGUAUGGACCGUACAGUAGUCCAAUACAGUACACAGGUGACCUCUUACCCACGCCAUGCCCUUCUACAAUGGCCCCCACUACAUGUCCUCCUGAGAUCACAUGCCCUACAUGCUCCCCUACAAUGGCCCCCACUACGUGUCCUCCUGAGAUCACAUGCCCCCCUACAAUGGCCCCCACUACAUGUCCUCCUGAGAUCACAUGUCCUACAUGCCCCCCUACAAUGGCCCCCACUACGUGUCCUCCUGAGAUUACAUGCCCCCCUACAAUGGCCCCCACUACAUGUCCUCCUGAGAUCACAUGCCCUACAUGCUCCCCUACAAUGGCCCCCACUACCUGUCCUGAGAUCACAUGCCCUACAUGCCCCCCUACAAUGGCCCCCACUACGUGUCCUCCUGAGAUCACAUGCCCUACAUGCUCCCCUAUGGCUACAAUGGCCCCCACUACGUGUCCUCCUGAGAUCACAUGCCCUACAUGCUCCCCUAUAGCUACAAUGGCCCCCACUACCUGUCCUCCUGAGAUCACAUGUCCUACAUGCUCCCCUACAAUGGCCCCCACUACCUGUCUUGAGAUCACAUGCCCUACAUGCUCCCCUAUAGCUACAAUGGCCCCCACUACGUGUCCUCCUGAGAUCACAUGCCCUACAUGCUCCCCUACAAUGGCCCCCACUACCUGUCCUCCUGAUAUCACAUGCCCUACAUGCCCCCCUACACUACCUCCACCCACAUGCCCUACAACAGAACCGGCCACUCCUUGUCCAGUCACAACCUUCCCUCCAUCCCCAACAACGUGCCCAACAGUAGUAGAAAAUCCCCAUGGUUACUGCAUUAGCCAGGGUGUUGACAACUGUGCACCAAAGGAUCGAUUGGUCACCUCGUCCACUGACCAAUGUCGAACCAGCUUCCGAUUUAUGAGGGAUCACAUCUUUCCCCCAGAGUGGGAGCUGAUGUUUGACUCUUAUGACUACGAGAGCUUGGUGGGGCCAGUGUUCCUCAGCAGAGAGUUUGACAAUGAUGGAGAUGUAUCGGCAGUGGCUGAUCAGUGGGAGGAUCGAGGUGGUAUCUGUCAGCGUGGUUUGUUUGUGUGUGCCCAUACACUGGGACCUCAAGACAACUGGGUGUUCUCCCCUCACAUCAAAUACCCCUCAGGAAGUACUACCCUUGGUGGGGGUCUGCCAACAGAGAUCUACUUCAAUGUCUCCUUCAGAUUCACUCGGUGUAAUGGUGCCUGUGUGAAUAACUUUGCAGAUCUAUACAGAUAUGACACAAACAGCAUUGCCUCAGAGAGUGUCCGAACAGACAGAAACAAUUACCUCUCCACUCCGUUGUUUAGAACAGGAACAGAGAUGACAACAUCUCGAUUGGAUCAGACAGGUCAUAGGUCAACUGUAUUAGAUACUAGAACUCUUACCAUUCCUUCUUCCUCCUCCUCGAGAACCAAUGGAUUCCAUUUUGGCAUCAGAGACUCUGGAAAUUGUGGCCAAAUUAACCGAAUCUACUUCUACUACACACCUUGUAAGGAACGACAAGAUGGACUGGUCAACUAUCCUGAGCUUGUUCGUGCCCCCAGCGGCUCUCUACCAAACGAGGGCAUGGCUUGCUGUGCUCCCAACUCUCACCCCACCACCUCUCUCACCUUCAGAGCUCACAGUGCCACUGAUGGAACUACUGGUGAUGAAGGAUGUGAGCGCAACGUAAGGUGUGAGUGUGAUGCUGGGUACAGACUGAAUGCAGCUGGAACAGGAUGCCAAGAAUGCCCUUCUGGAACCUAUCGCUCUCUGACUGAUGACCAAGGCACUUGUCUAGAUUGUCCAAUGAACACAGCAAUGGGUGUGGAGGGUGCUGCAAUUUGCAGCUGUCUAAAUGAAUUCUUUAGAGAUGAGCAAACUAAUGAAGGACCUGAAGUGACUUGUACAACUCCCCCUGGCCCAGUAAGAAACCUCCGUACAACCACCAUCACUUCCACUAGUGUUAGCCUCUCAUGGACCAGACCUGAGGUCACCGGAAGAGAUGACUUCUACUACUCCAUUGAGUACAGUGAUCCUAACACUGGGUCGUUCAUACUCAGCAAUGGAAACUAUGUCAAUUCUACACUCACAGUCUCCUACACAGUCCCUAACCUGCGUCCCAACACACCAUACACCAUACGAGUGACCACUCACAAUGGAGUCAGUGACCAAGACACUGAGAAUGAAGCUCUGAGGAGAAUGGAUCUUCCAACCGGAACAGGGGAGGGGGUUCCAAGUGUCCCACGAGAUGUCCAAGUGUUCUCAGGAGUUGUUGUGUGGGGACCCCCAGCUGAGCCUAAUGGAGUUAUCACUGGCUACCAGUUGAGGUUUUCUGGAUCUUUUAAUCGAACUGUCAACAAGCUUCCAUUUGAGAGCUUUCACAUUGUUACUGAAUAUAAUAUUAGAAAUCUCAGCAGUAAUGUUCAAGUACGAGCAAGUACAUCUGCUGGCUAUGGACCGUAUAGUAAUUCAACACUGUACACAGGUGCCCCUUCUCCCAUCUCAUGCCCUUCAUGCCCUCAUACAAUUUCCCCCACCACCUGUCCUCCACCUACCCCCUGUACUGAGGUCUCAUGCCCUAUGUGCCCCCCUACACUGCCUCCACCCACGUGCCCUACAACGGAACUGUCCACUCCUUGUCCGGUCACAAUCUGCCCACCACCUCCAACAACAUGUCCCCCAGAACAAGAUCUCCAUGGUUACUGCAUUAGCCAGGGUGUUGACAACUGUGCACCAGAGGAUCGCUUGGUCACCUCAUCAGUUGACCAAUGUCGAACUAGUUCCCGAUUUUCACCUGAUCACAUCCUUCCCCCGGAGUGGGAGCUGAUGUUUGACUCUUAUGACUACGAGAGCUUGGUGGGGCCAGUGUUCCUCAGCAGAGAGUUUGACAAUGAUGAAGCUGUAUUGACAGUGGCUGAUCAGUGGGAGGAUCGAGGUGGUAUCUGUCAGCGUGGUUUGAGAGUGUGUGCCUAUACACUAGGAGCUCAAGACAACUGGGUGUUCUCCCCUCACAUCAAAUACCCCCCAGGAAGUACUACCCUUGGUGGGGGUCUACCAACAGAGAUCUACUUCAAUAUCUCCUUCAGAUUCACUCAGUGUAAUGGUGCCUGUGUGAAUAACUUUGCUGAUCUGUACAGAUAUGACACAAACAGCAUUGCCUCAGAGAGUGACCAAACAGACAGAAGCAAAUACCUCUCCACUCCGUUGUUUGGAAUAGGAACAGAGAUAACAACAUCUCGAUUGGAUCAAACAGGUCACAGAAGGACUGUUUCAGAUACUAGAACUCUGGUCAUUGAUUCUCCCCCCUCUUCGAGAACCAAUGGAUUCCAUUUUGGCAUCAGAGACUCUGGAAAUUGUGGCCAAAUUAACCGAAUCUAUUUUUACUACAUACCUUGUAAAGAACUACAAGUUGGACUGGUCAACUAUCCUGAGCUUGUUCGUGCCCCCAGUGGCUCUCUACCAAACGAGGGCAUGGCUUGCUGUGCUCCCAACUCUCACCCCACCACCUCUCUCACAUUCAGAGCUUACACUUCCAGUGAGGGAAGAUGUGAAGACGAAGUAGUAAGUGAUGAAACUACUGGUGAUGAAGGAUGUGAGCGCAGCGUAAGGUGUGAGUGUGAUGCUGGGUACAGACUGAGUGCAGUAAUGAGAUGUCAAAUUUGCUCUGCUGGAACCUAUCGCUCUCUGACUGAUAACCAAGGAGCUUGUAUAGAUUGCCCAAUGAACACAGCAACAGAUGUGGAGGGUGCUGCAAUUUGCAGGUGUCUAAAUGGAUUCUAUAGAGGAGGAUCUAAAAAGGAUUGUACAACUCCCCCUGGUCCCGUAAGAAACCUCCGUAACACCACCAUCUCUUCUACCAGUAUUAGUAUAUCAUGGACCAGACCUGAGGUCACCGGAAGAGAUGACUUCUACUACUCCAUUGAGUACAGUGAUCCUAACACUGGGUCGUUCAUACUCAGCAAUGGAAACUAUGUCAAUUCUACAGUCACAGUCUCCUACACAGUCCCUAACCUGCGUCCCAACACACCAUACACCAUACGAGUGACCACUCACAAUGGAGUCAGCGACCAAGACACUAAGAAUGAAGCUCUGAGGAGAGUGGACCUUCCAACCAGGACAGUGGAGGGGGUUCCAAGUGUCCCACGAGAUGUCCAAGUGUUCUCAGGAGUUGUUGUGUGGGGACCCCCAGCUGAGCCUAAUGGAGUUAUUACUGGCUACCAGUUGAGGUUUUCUAGAUCCCUCAGUCGUACUAGUACUAUCAACAAGUUGCCAUAUGAGAGCUAUCACGUUGUUACUGACAAUAAUAUCGGCAGUAGUAUUGAAGUACGAGCAAGGACAUCUGCUGGCUAUGGACCGUACAGUAAUUCAAUACCGUAUACAGGUGCCCUUUCACCCACCUCAUGCCCUUCAUGCCCCUCUUCACUCCCCACCACCUGUGCACCACCUAGUACAUGUUCUCCUGAGAUCUCAUGCCCUACAUGCUCCCCUACACUGCCUCCACCCACGUGCCAUCCAAUAGAACCGUCCACUCCUUGUCCAGUCACAACCUGUCCUCCAACAACCAGCACAUGCCCCACUGUACAAAAUCCCCAUGGUUACUGCAACCAGGGUGUUGACAACUGUGCACCAGAGGAUCGACUGAUCAUCUCCGCGGAAGACUUGUGUCGAAAUGACUCCCGAUUCAAAGCUGAUCACAUCCUUCCCCCAGAGUGGGAGCUGAUGUUUGACUCUUAUGACUACAAGAGCUUGGUGGGGUCAGUGUUCCACAGCAGAGAGUUUGAUAAUGAUGGAAAUGUGUCGAGCAAUAAAUGGGAGCAGCGAGGUGUUGUCUGUCAGAACAAUUUGAGAGUGUGUGCCUAUUCUUUUGGACCUCAAGACAACUGGGUGUUCUCCCCUCACAUCAAAUACCCCCCAGGAAGUACUACCCUUGGUGGGGGUCUACCAACAGAGAUCUACUUCAAUGUCUCCUUCAGAUUCACUCAGUGUAGUGGUGCCUGUGUGAAUAACUUUGCUGAUCUAUACAGAUAUGACACAAACAGCAUUGCCUCGGAGAAUGUCCGAACAGACAGAAAUAAUUACCUCUCCACUCCAAUGUUUGGAACAGGAACAGAGAUGACAACAUCUCGACUGCAACAAGCGGUUAACUUAGAUACUAGAACGCUUGUCAUUGAUUCUCCCUCCUCCUCGAGAACCAACGGCUUCCAUUUUGGUAUCAGAGACUCUGGAAAUUGUGGCAAUAUUAACCGAAUGUAUUUCUACUACACUCCUUGUAAGGAACGACAAGAUGGACUGGUCAACUAUCCUGAGCUUGUUCGUGCCCCCAGCGGCUCUCCACCAAACGAGGGCAUGGCUUGCUGUGCUCCCAACUCUCACCCCACCACCUCUCUCACCUUCAGAGCUCACAGUGCCACUGAUGGAGCUACUGGUGAUGAAGGAUGUGAGCGCAACGUAAGGUGUGAGUGUGAUGCUGGGUACAGACUGAAUGCAGCUAGAACAGGAUGUCAAGUUUGCCCUGCUGGAACCUAUCGUUCUUUGACCGAUGACCAAGGCACUUGUAUAGAUUGUCCAAUGAACACAGCAAUAGAUGUGGAGGGUGCUUCGAUUUGCAGCUGUCUAAAUGGAUUCUUCAGAGAUGGGCAAGGCGAUUGUACAGCUCGCCCUGGUCCUGUAAGAAACCUACAUGCAACCACCAUCACUGCCACUCGUGUCUGCUUCUCAUGGACCAGACCUGAGGGCACCGGAAUAUAUAACUUCUACUACUCCAUUGAGUACAGUGAUCCUAACACUGGGUCAUUCAUACUCAGCAAUGGAAACUAUGUCAAUUCUGCAUUCUCCUACACAGUCCCUAACCUGCGUCCCAACACACCAUACACCAUACGAGUUACCACUCACAAUGGAGUCAGUGACCAGGACAAUGAGAAUGAAGCUCUGAGGAGAGUAGACCUUCUAGUCAGAACAAGGGAUGGAGCUCCCCCUGGUCCUGUAAGAAACGUACAUACAACCACCAUCACUUGCACUAGUGUUAGCCUCUCAUGGACCAGACCUGAAGUCACCGGAAGAGAUGACUUCUUCUACUACUCCAUUGAGUACAGUGAUCCUAACACUGGGUCGUUUAUACUCAGCAAUGGAAACUAUGUCAAUUCUGCACUCACAGUCUCUUACACAGUCCCUAACCUGCGUCCCAACACACCAUACACCAUACGAGUGACCGCUCACAAUGAAGUCAGUGUCCAAGACACCGAGAAUGAAGCUCUAAGAAGAGUAGACCUUCCAAUCAAAACAUUGGAGAGAGCUCCAAGUGUCCCACGAGAUGUUCAAGUAUUCUCAGGAGUUGUUGUGUGGAGACCCCCAGCUGAGCCUAAUGGAGUUAUUACUGGCUACCAGUUGAGGUUUUCUGGAUCUUCCUCUCCUCACACUGUCAACAAGUUGCCGUGUGAGAACUACCAUGUUGUUACUGACGAUAAUAUCAGAAAUCUUGGCAGUAAUAUUCGAGUUUCAGUGCGAGCAAAUACAUCUCGUUUUGGACCAUCUAGUGCUUUAAUACAGUACACAGUACCCUCCAUAGCUUGCCCUACGCCCACCACAUCUCCUCCAGAACAAGAUGAUGUAUAUUUCAGUCUCCGUCGGAGAAAGUACACUGACGGAGACAUUGUGAUGAUCACUGAUAUUGGAGAGGGAGAUAAUGCUCUGUUGUGUGUGACUGACAACACUGAGUGCUGCCGCACAGGGGGCAAUGGAGAGUUCUUCUAUCCUGAUGGUACAGCUGUCGGCUUCUCCACCUCAAAUUCCUUAUACAAGAACAGAGGAGAGCAGUUUAUUAGUCUCAACAGAAGGAACAACGCCACCUUUCCACUAGGUAGAUACAGAUGUGCCAUCCCUGAUGCAAAUGGAGUGACAACAAGCGUAUUCAUCAAUAUUGGUCACCAAGUUGGUGAAUGUUCAACCUGUCCUCCCUCCGAAUGCGCUGAGUUCACAAUUCCCCCUUCCCCCACGCCCAUAGACUGUCCGACUGUCACAUGCCCCCCUACCCCCACACCCAGGGACUGUCCGAUUGUCACAUGCCCCCCUACGCCCACACCCAGGGACUGUCCGAUUGUCACAUGUCCUCCUACCCCCACACCCAGGGAGUGUCCGAUUGUCACAUGCCCCCCUACGCCCACACCCAGAGACUGUCCGACAGUCACAUGCCCUCCUACCCCCACACCCAGAGACUAUCCGACUGUCACAUGCCCCCCUCCUUCUGCCGCACCAUCCUUGAAUUAUACUGGUUUUGAGUGUGAUGAGCUGGAGUCACUAGAGAAUGGAGCCGUGUCAAAGUCGAACAAUUCUGUUGGUUCUGUGGCUAGCUACUCGUGUGAGCCUGGCUUCAUAAUCUCUGGACCCAGAGAGAGGGUGUGUCAACUCUCCGCUGCAUGGACCAAUCCUUCCCCUAGCUGUGAAUCCACAUUUGAACUAAAAGGAACAUUGUUUUCAAACGGCUCAAGUGUACUACUAAGUGAUAUUGGUGAAGGCGAUAAUGGAUUGAUUUUUCGAACUGAUUUCACUGAUUGUUGCCGAGCAGAGAGGAUUGGAGAAUGUUACGGACCCGAUGGAGGACAGAUUAAUAUACGAACCACGAGAAAUCAGCUUUAUCGAAAAAGAGGACGUCAACUUGUUCGGUUGAAUCGCCAGUCUUACACGGGUAAUGCAGCUCUGCCAGGACUCUAUUGUUGUGAUGUACCCAGCUCAGAGACUGAAACUGGCGUAGUAGUAACUGACAAAGUGUGUGUUAAUAUUGUAUUGUGAAACUGAACUGAGUAGAUUAAGGAAAAGUAGUAUUUUUAUAUAUUUUGCCUUGUUUACAUGUCUCAUUAUUUUAUCACCUCAAUGGUGAAUUUGUAUAACCAUUGUUUUCAUUAGUACUUAAUCUAUAGG